AUGGAUUGCCGUGCGGUCCUUUUCCUCUGCCUGAGCCUUGUGACGUGUCAGAACGGGGAAGAAGAGAAUGGAGAAGGGGCCCAGGAGACCAACCUCAACGGAUCCUGCCGAGAUCUGGUCACCUCUCUCGCCCUCAGGCUCGUCCAUGGUCUGGUGUACAGCCUGCUGAAUGCCACCUUCCAGGGCUCCAACCAGACCUGGCAGACGUCCACCAUUCAGACACUGGCCUUCAAGCUGGGCUGCGACUUUGCCGGCCUCUCGCUGUACAGCGAUGCUCUGGGCUCGCCUCCAUCCUCCGGGGGCCCAGCCGCCGGGGCCAGGCACGCCAUGCAGUUCCCCACUGAGCUGACGAAGAAGGCCUGCAGGACACGCCGCAGGGAGCUGCGUCUCAUCUGCAUGUACUUCUUCACCACCAGGUUUUUCCCGCAUGACAACUCAUCUCUGCUCAAUGACUAUGUCCUGGGGGCCCAGCUGGGCAGUGAACACGUGGACAACCUCAUGGAGCCCAUCAACAUCAGCUUCUGGCACAACCAAAGCCUGGAAGGCUACAACGUGACCUGUGUCUUCUGGAAGGAGGGAGCCAGCAAGCACCACUGGGGGCUCUGGAGCCCCGAGGGCUGUCGCACAGAGCAGCCCUCACCUUCCCAGGUGCUCUGUCGCUGCAACCACCUCAGCUACUUUGCUGUUCUCAUGGUAUGGGUCCCAGCCCUCCUGGUGCUGCUCCUCCUGGCCAUCAAGAGCUCAGCUUACGGCCGCCACACGAUCUCUCUCUCCCACAGCCAGGGAAACAGCACGGGCCUCCAGCACGUGUCCAUAUGCUGGGUGCAGAGCCCCGUGGUGCACCACGUCCUGGUCAUGGGCUACGGUGGCCUCACGACCCUUUUCAACCUGGUGGUGCUGGCCUGGGCGCUGAGGACCCUGCGCAGACUGAAGGCUCGGGAGGAGGCGCCAGGCUCGAGGGCCUGCAGGGACACCGUCACCGUGCUGGGCCUCACGGUGCUGCUGGGCACCACCUGGGCCCUGGCCUUCUUCUCCUUUGGCAUCUUCCUGCUGCCCCAGCUCUUCCUCUUCACUAUCUUCAACUCUCUCUACGGGUUCUUCCUGUUCCUGUGGUUCUGCUCCCAGAGGUGUCGCGCGGAGGCCGAGGCGGAGGCCGAGAAGGAGGCGUUCAGCUCCUCCCAGAUGAUGCACUAG